UUUUCAUUGAGUUUAUAACAAGUAUAACAAGUAUACAUUAUUCUUGUUAGUAGAUUUUUCCUUGGAAGUUAAGACGAGCAGAAAUCCGUUGACCUGUGCAGUUGCUCUUUCUGCGUAACGCUCUGAUAGACGGAGCUUCUUCGUUUUCUUCAUCUUCAUCGAUCGUGAGAUAAAGGUCUAAACCCUUGGUUCUCUCAUUUCGCGGUAUCUAUGUAUGGCGGAGGUUAAGGUCACCUUGGAGGUGGGAAACGAUGGCGUCGCGAUAAUCACUUUCUCUAAUCCGCCGGCUAACGCCUUAGCCGUUCAGAUUAUUGCCGGGUUGAAGGAGAAAUUUGACGAGGCGAUCAAAAGAAAUGAUGUGAAAGCUAUCGUUUUGACUGGUAGAGGAGGGAAGUUUUCUGCAGGGUUUGACAUCAAUGUUCUUGAGAAGGUUCAGGAGACUGGGAAUAUUUCGCUCAUACCUGAUGUAUCAGUUGAUCUUGUGGUCAACACAAUCGAAGAUUGCAAAAAGCCUGUAGUUGCUGCUGUGGAAGGACUUGCUCUUGGAGGCGGCUUGGAGUUGGCACUGGGAUCCCAUGCACGUAUCGCAGCACCAAGAACUCAACUUGGCUUGCCUGAGUUGACACUUGGAACUAUUCCAGGGUUUGGAGGCACACAACGUCUUCCAAGGCUGGUAGGGCUGUCAAAGGCAGUUGAAAUGAUGCUGUUGUCCAAACCAAUCAUGUCAGAAGAAGGGGAGAAGCUAGGUCUUAUUGAUGCUGUUGUGGCCUCUGAAGAGUUACUGAAAGUAUCUCGACUAUGGGCUUUAGACAUUGCAAACAGGCACAAGCCAUGGAUACGUUCCCUUCACAAGACAGACAAGCUUGGUUCCCUGUCUGAAGCAUAUGAAGCAUUAAACGCUGCAACACAACAAGCCAGAAAAACUGCCCCAAAUAUGCCUCAGCACAAGGCCUGUCUUGAUGUGAUGAGGGAUGGAAUUGUUCAUGGAGGAUAUACUGGAGUUCUAAAGGAGGCUAAAGUAUUUAAGGAGUUGGUCUUAUCAGACACUUCAAAAGGACUUGUCCAUUCCUUUUUAGCCCAACGUGUAACAUCCAAGGUACCUAAUGUUACUGAUGUUGGGCUUAAACCAAGGCACGUAAAGAAAGUUGCUGUAAUAGGGGGAGGACUAAUGGGUUCUGGGAUAGCUACAGCUCUUAUUUUGAGUAACAUAUAUGUUGUUCUCAAGGAAGUCAACUCUGAAUUUCUUCUGAAGGGAAUAAGAACAAUAGAAGCAAACGUUCGCGGUUUGGUAACAAAAGGAAAGCUGACACAAGAAAAGGCAGAAAAAAGCUUAUCACUGCUUAAAGGUGUAUUGGACUACUCAGACUUUAAAGAGGUGGAUAUGGUCAUUGAGGCUGUCAUUGAAAAUGUUCCUUUAAAACAAAAAAUAUUUGGUGAAAUUGAGAAAGUCUGCCCUGCCCACUGCAUUUUGGCAACAAACACAUCUACAAUUGAUCUCAAUUUGGUUGGGGAAAAGACCAGUUCUCGAGAUCGCAUUAUAGGGGCACAUUUUUUCAGUCCUGCUCAUGUGAUGCCUCUUCUGGAGAUUGUAAGGACAGAGAAGACAUCUGCUCAAGUUAUUCUUGAUCUCAUGGCAGUUGGGAAAAUAAUUAAGAAGGUUCCUGUAGUAGUGGGUAACUGCACUGGCUUUGCAGUCAAUCGGACAUUUUUCCCAUAUUCGCAAGGCGCGCAUGUUCUGGUAAAUUUAGGUGUGGAUGUGUUCAGAAUUGACAGAGCAAUCAGCAGCUUUGGCCUCCCAAUGGGUCCUUUCCAGCUUCAGGACUUAGCAGGAUACGGAGUAGCCCUAGCAACUGGGAAAGAAUUUGCUAAUGCAUUCCCUGAUCGCACGUUUAACUCGCCAUUGGUUGAACUUUUGGUGAAAAGUGGAAGAAAUGGUAAAAACAAUGGAAAAGGUUACUACAUUUACGAGAAGGGGAGCAAGCCAAAACCUGACCCCUCUGUGGUACCAAUUAUUGAGGAGUCUAGGCAACUAACCAAUAUUAUGCCUGGUGGAAAGUCUAUAUCUGUUACUGACCAAGAAAUAGUGGAGAUGAUACUCUUUCCAGUGGUGAAUGAGGCAUGUCGUGUUUUAGGUGAAGGGAUAGUUGUUCGAGCAUCAGACCUUGACACUGCAUCUGUUCUUGGGAUGAGUUUUCCAUCUUACCGUGGUGGUAUUGUUUUUUGGGCAGAUGCAACUGGACCUAACCAUGUUUAUAAAAGUCUCAAGAAAUGGUCAGAACUAUACGGAAAUUUUUAUACACCAUCAAGGUUUUUGGAAGAAAGAGCGAGAAGAGGCAUCCCAUUGAGUGCACCUAUUUCAUCAUUUCCAGCUUCGAAGUCACGCUUGUGAGCAGGAACUUCAACUUUAAUCCGACCUUAAUCAGACGGAAUAGGAUUAGAGAUGUUCCUUUUUUCGUGGUGGGCAGAAUAACUCAUAUUUGGUUGGCUAGUGAUUCUUCAAUAUUCAGAAAAAAAAUUCUCAAUAUUUAGAAGUAACAAGAUCUUGAUUUCUA